CACACACACACACACACACACACACAGUACAAAUUCACACAUUACUGUUCUUACUUCCACACAGUGCAUUACCGCACAUCACUGCGCUCGCUCCCGCACUGUGUAUCACCACCACCAUCCUGAACGCGGCUCUUAGCUAUUUAUUAGCCACAGACAAGCAGAGAGAGGAUGUGGAGGCAGCGUGGGUGUGUGUACACUGUGGUGCUGGCGGUGAUAACAGUGACUGCUGAUACUGCUGCAGUACAACCCAUCUCUCGCCCACUUCUCAUUCGUGGUGACACUGAAGUGCCAUCGAGCGCUGGAACUGAGGUGCUGCUGCUGAGACAGCUAACAGAGGUGGCCAGGUCGUUGUGUGAACCCAAACCUGAGUUACCACCCUGUCAGGCUCUCAAUGUUACACUGCUGGAAGAGAUGGAGAGGAAGGCCAGCCAGGGGGCACAGCAGGACACGCUGCUGGGGAACAACCAUCUGCAGCGUGACCUACACCAGCUGGACAUCCACAGCCUGGGCGGGGUGAUACACACCCCGGAGUCAUCGUCCAUUCACCUGGGAUACUUAAGAGAGCCGGCAGCCAGAGGAAUCUCUUCAUACGAGAGGUCAUACCAUCACGCUGUUGUUGCGAGGCCAACAGACUGCUCUGACUACUUGCUUCUCGGCUACAUUACAAGCGGAGUCUACAAAAUCUACCCCUUCAACUGUCGCUGCACGAAGCCCGUGGAGGUUUGGUGUGACAUGGAGACUGACGGUGGAGGCUGGACUGUGUUCCUGUCCAGACACAACCUCACCAACAGGGAGAAUUUUAACCGCACAUGGAGUGAUUACAGCGCAGGCUUCGGCAAUGCCUCUGGCGAGUACUGGCUGGGUAACGAGCACCUACACACGCUGACCUACAGCAGACCACAGACAAUGCGGAUGGACUUCCAAGUGAAAGACGGAAGUCUGAAGUGGGGAGAAUGGCCAGACUUUCUUGUAGAGAAUGCUGAUAGCUUGUACAAACUUACCGUUGUCAAGUACAACGCUCUGAGCAUGAUUGACAACUGCAUGCCGCACCACAACGCCCGACAAUUCUCCACCUUCGACUACGACAACGAUGGUAAUGCAGGUAAGAACUGUGCCGAGGACGACAAAGGUGGGUUUUGGUACAACAACUGUGCCACCCUCAACCCCACCAUCCCUUACACCACCGAUGGUCACCUCAACACUGCCUGCCUCUACAAGGUCCAAGCUAAGAAGUUGCCCCUGCACGGCUCCUGGAUGCAGAUGAAGCUACGACCCACUAUCUGCAACCAGAACAUCAAGGCUGUCUACCUAAACUCUUACAACUGUCAUAACCAUAAUGAGUGAUGUGUCAAGACGAUUCUUUACUCACGACAAAUAAUAUCAGUAUUACACACGCUUACUCUCGUGAUUGUGUGGGGUUGCGUUCUAUGAGUGGGAGGGGUGGAAUGAAAGUGUGGGGUUGUGUUAGAUGAGAGGGAGGGGUAGAAUGAAUAUGUAGGGUUGGGAUGGAUGAGAGGGGUAGAUUGAAUGUGUAGGGUUUAGUUAAUGUGUGGGGAAGAGUGAAUGUGUGAGGAAGAGUGAAUGUGUGGGGUCAAGUGAAUGUGUGGGGUCAAGUGAAUGUGUGGGGUCAAGUGAAUGUGUGGGGCUAGGUUGAAUGGUUGCUUGCUAGGAUGAGAUGUGAAUGCAGGAUGGAGACAAAAGGGGAAAUUGUCAGAGGAUAUUUAGUGGUAAAUAGAGGGUAAUGUGAUAAUGAUAGUUCAAACGAAGAGUCCAUUGAUGAAAGUACUCACUAUAACACCUACUCUAGGUAAGAACUGUGUCGAGGACGACAAAGCUGGGUUUUGGUACAACAACUGUGCCAUCCUCAACCCCACCAUUCCCUACACCACCGGGGGUCAUCACAACACUGCCUGCCUCUACAAGGUUCAAGCUAAGAAACUGCCUCUGCACGGCUCCUGGCUCUAGAUGAAGCUACGGUCCACCCUCUGUAAUCAGAAAGUAAACUCUUACAGCUGCCAGAACCAUAAUGGCUGAUGUGUCGAGUGUUCUCGAGUGCAAUUUUGUAACGAAAACUGAGAAAUAGUGAACGAUUCUUAAAUCACGACCAAUAAUGUCCGUGUUACACACGCUAACCCUCGUGACAUGAACAGGUUAAGAGUACUGAAACCAGAAAUCAACAAACCCUGUUUUUUAUACCAAAAUUGCACAUUACUAAAGCUCACUAUAAUUUGGUACCAUUGGAAAUAUGUUUGACAUGGAUAUUCCUGGCUGAGAGUUCGAUUUCCGAUGACUCCUCGAUUUUUUAAAUAUUUCAAUCAUGGAUAUCCUGCAGGAGUCUGCAGGAUAUCCAGCUGAAUGACGCAUGUAAACAAUACAAUUACACUACGUCUAAUAUCCUUGUUAGGUGCUAAAACUAAGUUACCAUUUUUUAAUUCACCUGUAGGCGUACGGGUCAUAGGGAAGAGUAGCUUCAAUUUACUUGGAUCAACAUCUCUUCACUAACAUUAAGGCUCCAUCCGAGGUUUAUGAACCACUGGUCCACCUGGUGUCGAUCAUGCACUUCUUGAUAUUCCAUAUUAUUAUCUCCCCUCCCUCCCCUCUUUUAGUCCCCUUUACACAUGUGAAAUAUAACUUUCUACAAAUAAUGUCUGAGAUAGAGACAUGCGGGUCCUGCGGAUAUAAGAGAGACUAAUUCAAGAAAUAAAAGCUUUGUUAAUUCAUACAUAAAUUAUUACUGUGAGCAACUAUAAGACGCUUGGAAAAAAAUAGAAUAUUAAAUUCAUAUUUAGAAAACAUACAGCUGGUGGUACCCCUGGUGUGGAACACCUAGUGGUACACCUGGUGGUACCCCUGGUGUGGAACACGUAGUGGUACAUCUGGUGGUACAUCUGGUGGUACACCUUGUGGAUCCCCUGGUGGCACACCUGGUGGUACACCUGAUGGAACCCAGUAUAUAUAUUUUACAUGUAUACACCAUAAAUGACAUUAAUUUUUUUCAGUCACAUAACCAAUACCAAAUAAUUUACACUUGUCAGCCAUAUUGGACGUGACUCCGCACAAAUUUGUAUUGAUAAAAUAUUCGAUAAUUUCCAACAUCAUGACGUGGCGAAUAACAUUUCUGCUUAUGCUUAAAGUCUAUAGUUACUUUACUGCUGUUGUAAUAUAAAAUAAUCAUCAGUGCAAGCAAAAAUACAUUGACAAAUAAGAAUUUUUAAUAAUCAUUAAAUAAUAAAUGUUAAGCACUAAACCCAUGUGGGUCAUUCUGCAGACUCGCUUCCUAUUUGAACUCAUUUACAAUUUUUUGUAAAAUCUUAAUUACAAUUUUACAAAAAACUGUAAAUACAAAAUUAAAUAUUGAGCCAAUAAUAAUUCCUCCAAAAUUAUGAUAUAAUAACCAUGUUUUACGUUAAAACGAUUUUAUAUAAUAACUGGUGCAAUGACUGUCACGUUAACUGAUAGCUGAAGUAAACACAGGUUAUACAUCAGUCAAGUAUCAAGAGUCAUCACAAACUUGAGUUGCUCAGUUCAGUGACAGUUCAGUUCCUAGAUGUUCCAGCAGUCAGAAGGGGGAAAACUUUGAGCAAGUUGGACGAAGGUUACCUGCUGCAUGAAGGUUGUGUUGGUCACCCUACACAAGGCAACACCAUGACUUGUAAACCUUCACGUUGAUGACUGAAACACUUGUGCAACACUUGGGUAUAUUUACUGUGAAAACAUUUCUCCAUUCCUCAGUCCGGGACAAAGAUGGAUGGGUACUUUGAUCAAGAUUAAUGGAUUGAACACAUCUUUCACCAUUCAUCCUGUGAUGGACCUUGCAUUUGUGGCCACAGUGGUGCGUGUACUAACUUCUCUAUGGUGUAUAAAUAUUCCUAGUUGCGUGAAUCUCAUUGUAGCCAGCUGGCCCAGUGGGUUACACACUGGCCUGGAGUUUUACGACUCACUUGCCAUGGGUUCUAACACCACCAGAACAGUGGUUAAUUUACUGCUGAAAUGUUGCCUCACUAAACAUACCCAAGUGUCUCAUUCAUUAUCACCCUGGCUAAAUGUUGUAAUUUAUAUAAUACAACAACAACUGCA